AAGACGUAAAAUUUAUUUUACGAUUACUUUAUAAUCAUACUAUUUGCUGAUUAACAUUACUUGUUACUCCUAUAAUUUUUUGAUUCGUUUUAUUACUGAAUAAAAGGUAGUACCAAUAAUUGCAAAAUGGUUAUGCCAGGAAUGACUAUAGAGAGCUUGAAAAAGCACAAGUCUCUAAUUCCUUUAUUUGCUUGCCUUGGUGUUGGAAUGGUUGGUGCUGCUUUCUAUUUGGCUCGAUUGGCUAUAAAAAGUCCUGAAGUGACUUGGCAUCCAAAGGAUAAUCAAGAACCAUGGGAAGCAUAUAAACAAAAGACUUACAAAUUUUAUUCAACAAGCUCAGAUCCACCAGUCAGUCCAGCUCCUAAAUACUAAAAAUACAUUGGUCUGUAUUGGUUAGUAUUAAUAAUAUAUGUCAUGUGAAAGGAUGUUAUUAUCAAAU